CUUUUUUACAGAUCAUAAUAAAGUGUUGCGCACCUCGAAGGAGCAAAUAGAGUGCUAUCUAAAUUUUGUGCGGGUUCACCCGGAGAUAAAGUUGCACAAAAACGACCCAUCGCGGCCGAAAAGAAUGGAGGAGCUUUGGGCGGAACUCUCCCUGCAAUUAAAUGCCCUAAAAGGGCCCACUCGGAACACCACAAAAUGGAGAGAGAAUCUGAGCCAUUGGAAAAACCAAAUAAGGUCACGCGCAAGGAAAGCCAAGGCGCACAAGCUGGUGACAGGUGGCGGUCCCAGCUUAACAAGUGAGCUCUCUGAAAUUGCGGUUGAUGGGUUGGCAGAUGUACCAACCAUUGGCACAGAGGAAGAAGUAGUUUUCACAGCUGCACCGUCACCUCUAAAUACGACUUCGGAUGCAUCCAAUAAUUGCACUCCGUCAUCGUCCCGUAGUAAAACAAUGACGACGGACGAAAUGUUCCGAAAUUAUAUGGAUUUAAUGGAAGGAAAAGCCGAGGAGGAGAGAGCUUUCCGUAUUCAAACUUUAGAUUCCAUUAAUAAACAAUCGGAAUCCAUUAAUAAUUUAGCGGCAGCGAUGGUAUUGCUUGCUCAGACCAUCGUAAAAAACACCGAAGAUUGUACAAAAUAGUAAAAAAUGUGCUUUUUUAUGUACAUAUUAAUUAUUUUGUUGUGAUGUUUUUUGUACAAAAAAGUGAAAGUGAAAAAUGUUCCUUUUUA